UCCUCCGCGCAGCCUCCCAGCAUCUCUGCAGCCCGAAACAGACGCUGCUCGGUGGGACAGAUGAAGGCUCGCUCCCCGGUGCUUCUCUCCUGGACGCUUCUCUGUAUGGAUGUGAACUGAGGGCCGGCAGUCAGUUGGUGUUUCUGUGUCUCUCUCCUCCUCCCGCUGCCUCAGAAGAACCGUGAAGAAAUGGCGGACAUGAUCGAGCUGGGACCCGCCUACGCCAUGUCCCCGGUGCUGGCGGGCUUCCUGGGCGCUGGGGUUCUGGUUCUGGUGGUGGUGGUCCUGGUUCUGCUGUGGUGGUUCUGUCAGCGACGGUACCUGUCCGGGCACUACAAGCUGCACGGCGACCGUUACUGCGACGCCGAGGACCCCCCCUACAAGUUUAUCCACAUGCUGAAGGGCAUCAGCAUCUACCCCGAAUCCCUCAGCGGCAGCAAGAGGAUCGUGCGCGGGAUCCGGCGCGUGGACCGAUCUGAUACUGCCCCCCCCCCGGCGGGGAGGGGGCUGGUGCUGGUGGACGCAGAGAACAACAUCUUGGACGUGCCUGGCCAGCUGCAGAUGAGCCACCUGGUCCCCCCAGGGCCCGGCGCUGCCCUGCCGGUCCGAUCGGACUACUGCUGCCUGGACAGCAGUUCCAGCUCCAGCACCGCCUCCCCCUUCACCCCCGCACCCCCUGAGCCCAGCCUGGGGGCCCUCAGCCUCACCGUCGACUACAACUUCCCCAAGAAGGCGCUGGUGGUGACAGUGGUGGGGGCCCGGGGCCUCCCGGCCGUGGACGAGCAGGCGGGUAGCUCCGACCCCUACGUGAAGAUGACCAUCCUGCCAGAGAAGAAGCACCGUGUAAAGACCCGGGUUCUGAGGAAGACUCUGGACCCGCUGUUCGACGAGACCUUCACCUUCUACGGAGUGACCUACAGCGCACUGCCCGAGCUCACGCUGCACUUCCUGGUACUCAGCUUCGACCGCUUCGCCCGUGACGACGUCAUCGGGGAGGCUGUGGUGCCGCUGAAGGGCGUCGACCCGAGCACCGGCCGGGUCCACCUGAGCCAGAACAUCAGCAAGAGGAACAUGCAGUGUGAGAGUCGUGGGGAGCUGCUGGCCUCUCUCUCCUACCAGCCGGUGUCUCACCGCCUCAGUGUUGUGGUUCUGAAAGCUCGACACCUCCCCAAGAUGGACAUCACCGGCCUGUCAGCAAACCCCUACGUGAAGGUGAACGUUUUCUACGGACGCAAACGCAUCGCCAAGAAGAAGACACACGUGAAGAAGUGCACGCUGAACCCCGUCUUCAACGAGUCAUUCAUCUACGACAUCCCGCCCGAGCUGCUGCCCGAGGUCUCCGUGGAGUUCCUGGUGGUGGACUUCGACCGGACCACCAAGAAUGAGGUUCUGGGUCGGCUGCUGUUGGGCCUCAGCAGCCCGGAAACAUCUGGAGCCAAACACUGGGCCGAGGUCUGCCAGAACCCCCGCCGGCAGAUCUCCAAGUGGCACAACCUGAGCGAGUACUGAGCGAUCAGAGACUCAGUGUACAUACACACACCCCCAAACACACACACACACACACACACACACACACACUGACCCUGUUCACACCUGGUCUGCAGCACGCCGCCUCAGCUCUGAGUCACCGGCUUUAUCCACAACGUUUAGAAAAACAAAAAACAAGAUAUCAGUCAAACAUCGGGUUUCAUGAUGCGUUCAAGGAACAACAGAGCUGUUCAGAAAGAGGGAAAACAUUCAGAGGUUCCACAGAAACAUCAGAUAUCAGAGAAGCCUCCGGACAGGAAACCAGUGUGCUCACAGCGAUUCCAGGAGAGUCUUGAACUGGGAUUCUUAAUUUGUCUCUACAAACAUAUACACCUCCUGUGAGCUGUGUGAGUCAGCGCCCCCCCCUGCAGCCUCUAGUGCCCCCUCUUCCAGUCUAGUGGGACUGAGAUGAUAAUGCUAAUGUGUUGGUGUUAGUAGUAUGUACCAGGUGUGAACAGCCCUCCCCCAACACACACACACACAACAUUUGCAUCCCUCAGAAACGCUGCGUUUGUUUGAAGAAAAAGGAGAGCCGCGUCUCCCUGUGUGUCGACGGGGGGGAAGGAAUGCUUCAAGUCUCAUUUAAGAUUAAAAAAUAUAACCCCCCCCCCGCUGUUGUUGUUGUCAUCGCACGUCCGUCAGAGUAAGACACUCAGAGCCAAGACACAUGAUGUAUCUAGUGGACAGGAAGCUGCUGCCGCAGGGAGGAAGCAGCAUGACCCCCCCUUCAGCAGAAUGACCCCCCCCAUGUUAAGUGGAUGUACAGCCUGGUGCAGCAGGAUGAUGUAAAUACGUGUUUGUGACGUGA